GCAUUGUUAACAGAGUUAGCUCCCUUGUUAAAUGUACUCGACGAGGUUGUUGACAACGGAUGAGAGGAAGGGUGAACCUGCCGAGAUGGUUUGUUUUGUAACACACAUCUAGACCGCGAGCCGGGUGAUGAGGACCAUCUGACAGCGUCUGAAACAGGGGAAGCGGCAGCGUGCCUCGCACCGAGACCCACGUGGUGUGUUACUCGACACGAGCACAGCUCACUGACUCCACGAACAUGGCCGGGAUGAAGAACACAGUACAUCUGCUCACCAUCCUCAUCACGUGUCUCAUCACAGUGUCCCCUCACCCCCAGUGCCUGGACUACCGACCCCCCUUCAAGGCCCAGGGGACCAACAACUUCUGCGCCCAGUACACUGACUUCGGGUGCUGUACGGAGGCAGACCACGACGCCUUGCGGCAACGCCGGGACGACAUACAAAGCCGGCUGGGUGACCGAUGGAGCGUGUGCGGACACUACGUGGACGACUUGCUGUGUCAGUACUGCUCCCCCUACGCUGCCCACAUCUACGACGCCGAGGCUACCCAGAAUCCCCGGCAGUUCCCUGGUCUGUGUCGACCUUACUGCAACACCUUCUACGACACGUGCAGAGACGUUGUACAAUAUUUAGACCCCGAACUAGCGAGGAUGCCGUCCUUCGCUUCCAGACAGGGGUUCUGCCAGGCGGUAGCCAUACCGUCUGACGUGGACUACUGCUACCCCGACCUCCUGACAAAUCCUCUGUUCACUGAUCAGAUCACCAACAUCCAGGUUAACACGGAGGGGUGUCUCUGCUUGGAGGAACAGCUCCACAGCAUGAGGAACCCCAUCGUCGCACGACAUGCCGGGGACGGAUCGGGGAGGCUGUUUGUUGGAGAGCAACUGGGAUAUGUCCAUAUCUACUUCCCAGGAAACAAGACAGGACUUCAAACUCCUUUUCUAAACAUCACUAAAAAGGUCAAGGUCAGUGCCCGGCGGGGGGAUGAAAGAGGAUUUUUUUCAAUUGCAUUCCAUCCGAACUACGCCGACAACGGCAGAUUCUUCGUGUACUACUCGACACAUCUUCAGGACAACGACAACUUGGACGUCUACGGUGGCGACAUUCCUAUUGACCAUAAGAUCCGCAUCAGCGAGAUCCACGUGUCCCAGGACGAUCCUAACAAAGCUGACCUUGACACCGAGAGAAUUCUUUUGGAGGUCAUGGAGCCUUACUGGAACCACAACGGAGGCGAGCUGCUGUUCGGGGAUGACCACUACCUGUACCUGUUUGUCGGGGACGGCGGGGCAGCGGCCGACCCUCACGGCUUCGCCCAGAACAAGACGGUCCACCUCGGGAAGAUACUACGCCUUGAUGUGGACACGCCCAAUCCCAGCUUGCCCUACUCCAUUCCCCCCGACAACCCCUUCAUCGACGACCCGGAAGCCCGCCCGGAGAUCUACGCUUACGGCGUUCGGAACAUCUGGAGAUGCGGCAAGGACAGGGGCGACCGACAGACUGGUGAGGGCAGAGGUCGGAUUGUGUGCGGAGACGUUGGCCAAUCAGCGUGGGAAGAGAUAGACCUGGUGAAAAAGGGAGCUAACUAUGGAUGGAAUGCGAGAGAAGGAUUCCAGUGUUUUAAUGAAGAAACGUGCGGAAACAUAGGUCCAGAAGAGUUGCCGAUCUUUGCCUACCCCCACCGAGUGGGCAAGUCUGUGACGGGCGGGGUCUUCUACCGCGGAUGUGAGAGCCCCAACCUCAACGGCAUGUACUUCUACGCCGACUACAUGUUCGGGCAGAUGUACGCUCUGACGAAGAAUGAAUCCGGCGAAUGGCACAACAAAGAAAUAUUCAUGUGCGAGGCUGACGUCUGUUUCAACGGUUUGAUUGGUCACUACGAGCGUUACGUCAUUUCCUUUGGCGAGGAUGAAGAAGGAGAAGUUUAUUUACUCUCGACUGGAACCGAGUCUGCGGCUGAAAGGGGUGGCAAGGUGUACAAGCUGAUAGACCCGUCACGACGCGGCAACCCCAGUGAGUGCCAGCACGCCGGCCAAGGAGCACGCAUCAACAACCCGGGGAAUAGUCGUUACACGACGCGCUACACAUCGAACAACCCCGGUCUCCAGCCGGCAGGGGGCGCUUCCUCUCCAGCACCAAACCAGGCUCCGUCCAUCCACGGGGUCAACAUCCGUACAUGCGCAAUGGCUACUACAGUGAUGUGUGUUUUAAUGUCGCUCAGACACUGAAUGUGUCUGUGACCUGACGUCAUUUCGACGUCACAGAGAUAUUCUUUCAGUAUUCGACAUCAAUACCAUUAUACCACUCUGAAACAUUAGUUAUAUGUGUGACGACACUUUGACUUUACUGACAUGUCAGGCAGUAUCAUACAUUCGCUGUCAUGACAACAGGGAUCCAUUUUGUAUCGCACAAACAGUAGGGAUUAUUCUCUUACGACUGGGGCUGAAUUACACAGUUGGGGCUAUUCAUGUUUGUCAACUCGCCCUUAUCGUGUGUUUCUACCAUCGGUUCAGAUGCUACUGUUAGACUAGUUGUGAUUCUGAUCGGCGCAAGCCGGAAAUAGCUUCAAAUCUGCUGAUGCGGCGUAAAAAAUAUGUAUUCAUUUUUGACUGACGCAUGACGCUGACUGUCAACGAGUGAGGAAGCAGAUAACCCGGGAGAGUUUACGUGUCACGAGGACGGUUGUCUGUGAAUGGUGAAGUUUGACCCUCAACUGUAUGACAUGCCUGGCACAUCUUUGUCUGUGGGCACGUGAGGUCGUGUGAGGAUUCCAUAGUUUUAGCGUCCUUGAAAUCCAGUGAUGGAGGAAUAUGAAAAUAUCACGCAUGUAUAGAAUUUAGGGCCCGUUCAACAAAAUACUGCUUCCGUAACAGCCAGUAAUCAAAAGUUUCGUUUCACUCCAAUCACGCGCACGGAUGUGUUGUAUGUUUUUAUAUGAAAGUGUCACAGUCAAUGGAUGGUUACAACAUGGUGAUUUACGCUACAAAGCCACCAGCACCUGAUUGCCUGCAGCUACAACUGGAACCUGCGAAGUCUGAUAGGGUGGCAGACUAAGAAAUUUAUGAAUGAAUGAUAAUUACUGUAGAAAUAUGCAGUUGUCAAACGAUAUUAUUGCACAUGAUUUUUAAGAGUACAAUUUAACUGUCACAAUAUGUUAGAUUAUGGGGUUUCGAACUGGGUUUUUUCAAGGGCGGAUCCAGCAUUUUUGAAGGGAGGGGUCUAAAUUAUGAAAAUCCUCUCUCAGUCCUCGCUACUGCCCACAACAUACUACAUUUGGUUUUCCCACUCUCUGGAUCCGCCCAUGUAUUUUGUAUUUUUCUAAACGGUCAGCUGUACCGAAAACUUUUGAACAUGGAACAGAUGCCAGUUGUUGCCAUCUAGCCCGAUGUCAGAUGCUUGUAAAUACGGGUAUACGUCCGAAAACCCUGCUCAAGUCUUGUGCUCAACGAGUGUGUGUACGCCAGUGUGUGUGUGCGCUAGUGCUUAUUGUGGUGUUUGUGGCCAGGUGUUGAAGCGGUAUUGUGUGUGAGCGUCACCUGCUUGACUUGUUCGGCAACAAUCGACAAUCGACACCAUGUCUGCCUUAUGAACAAUUCUUGUUUAUGUGUCUUUGUUGUCAACCGUGGGAUCAUUUAAACAUAUUGUGUAUGUCAAUAAAUAGUUUGGUGAA